UUUUCAAAACCAUGUGUAAAACAUUUUAGGUGUUAGAGUUUGGGGAGUGCCAAACUACUCCCUUCUAUAAACCAGAACCUCAUAGGUUUUCUUUAACAGAUAUAACAAUGGAAGAAUCAUGGAGUACAACUACAAGUGCAUCUGCCUGCAUAGUUCUCAUAGUGCUCCUUACUCUAACAUGCGCAUGGUGGGUGCUGAAUUGGUUAUGGCUAAGGCCAAAGAGACUAGAGAGACUCCUAAGAGAUCAAGGCCUUCAAGGAAAACCCUACAGGCUUUUCAAUGGAGAUUUGAAGCAGAUUAUGAAGAUGCAAAAGGAAGUCACAUCCAAACCCAUGAAACUCUCUCAUGAUAUAGCGCCACGUGUCUUUUCUUAUCAUCUGCAGAGUGUCAUCAAACAUGGGAAGAAUCCUUUUAUUUGGUUUGGACGAAAACCAAGGGUGAUCAUCACAGAGCCUGAGUUAAUCAAAGAAGUACUUAACAAGAUCUACGCUUUUCCAAAGCCUGACACGAAUCCCCUAGUCAAGUUAGUAGCUACUGGUCUUAUAAAUUACGAGGGAGAAAAAUGGAACAAGCACAGAAGAAUAGUUAGUCCUGCAUUCAAUAUGGAAAAGUUGAAGAAUAUGUUACCAAUAUUCUUCAACAGUUGCAAUGAUCUAAUUAUCAAGUGGGAGGAGAUGUCUUCAGAUGGAUCCUGUGAAAUAGAUCUAUGGCCUUUCCUUCAAAAUUUAACCAGUGAUGUUAUUGCUCGAGCAGCAUUUGGAAGUAGUUAUGAAGAAGGAAGAAGAAUAUUUGAACUUCUAAAAGAGCAAGCACAACUUGCAGCGCAAAGUAUGAUGAAAGAUUACAUCCCUGGAUGGAGGCUCAUUCUGCUUAUUUACGAAUUUAUACCAACUGCUAUGCAUAGGAGGAUGAAGGAAAUUAAUAGAGAAAUAAAAGCUUCACUUACAGAUUUGAUUAACAAGAAAGAGAAAGCACUAGAGGUGGGUGAAACUACUGAGAAUGACUUGUUAUGUUUACUUUUGGAGUCAAAUCACAAGGAAAUUGAAGAACAUGGAAACAGUAAGACUAUUGGAAUGAGUAUUGAAGAGGUAAUCGAGGAAUGCAAGCUAUUCUACUUUGCAGGGCAAGAAACCACUUCAAUUUUACUUGUUUGGACCAUGGUGAUCUUAAGUAUGCACCCUGAUUGGCAAGCACGUGCAAGGGAAGAAGUUUUACAAGUAUUUGGAAAACAAAAACCCGAUUUUCUUGUGCUAAGUCACCUUAAGAUUGUCACAAUGAUUUUGAAUGAAGUUCUUAGGCUGUACUCAGCAGUAAUUGGCCUUAAUAGAAAUGUUGACGAAGAUGUGAAACUUGGAAACCUAUCAUUACCCGCCGGAGUGCAAGUUUCCUUACCAAUAAUUAUGGUUCACCAUAACCCUGAACUUUGGGGUGAUGAUGCCGAUAGUUUUAAUCCGGAAAGAUUUUCUGAAGGAGUUCUAAAGACCACUAAUGGCAGAGUUUCAUUUUUUCCAUUUGGAUGGGGUCCUAGAGUGUGCAUUGGACAAAACUUUUCCAUGUUGGAGGCAAAGAUGGCUUUGUCAAUGAUUUUACAACAUUUCACAUUUGAACUUUCUCCAGCUUAUGCUCAUGCACCUGUUUCAGUGAUUACUCUUAAACCCCAAUAUGGUGCUCAUGUCAUUUUACGUAAACUGCAAGUAUAAUAAUGGUAAUAUAAGCCUUGUUUGAUUUGCAUUUCACUAUUGCAAAGUUUGAAAUGCAAAUUAAUGGCAGUUUGCUGCUUUUAUUUUCUUAAGAAAAUAUGUUACUGUUGACAACAGAUGUUGC